AUUCAAGAUGGCCGCCGGUCACCAACGGGGAGAUGAAGUGACAAUAAACCAUUCCUUUCCCUGGUUAAAUUAAACAGCAAAGGAGAAUUUAAGAUGUCGAUGAAGGUUUAUUGUGCCUUAAUCACCGCACAGCUUGGAUUUGGGGCGUAUGGCAUUAUCGUGACAAAGUUUGCCAAGGAAACUAAAGCAGAUCCUUUAGUGUUCUGCCUGUUUCGUGAUGCCGGAGCUUUUCCAGUCAUGAUGUGUGCUGCUUUUCUCGUCGAAGGAAAAUUGAGUUUUCCUUCUCUCAGAAGCAUACCUUUGCUGAUGGUUCUUGGCCUCACAGGACCAUUUAUUCCUCAGCUUCUUUUCCUCCUUGGUGUUUAUUUAACAUCAGCUAACAUGGCUGCUAUGUUCCAGCCUGCAGUGCCUGUGUGGAGUGCUUUCCUCGCAAUGAUGACUGGAGUGGAACCACCUCCAAAGCUAACAACAAGUCAUGGAUGCGCUAAAGUUUUUGGAAUUUUAUUAGCAGUUUGUGGUGCUAUGACAAUGACGUUAGGAAAACUACAUGAUACUUCCAGUGAAAAGUCCUGGCUUUUACAAGAUUCAUCUGUUGGGACUCAGUUUCUGGGUUGCAUUUGUCUCUUUGUGAAAACCUCCAGCACAGCCGUGUACUACAUUAUUCAGAAGAAAUAUAUUUUUAAUCAAUCCCACUCAACUUGGAAGAAACAACCCUUGGCUGUUACAGCUUGGAGUUACUUUUUUGCUACAAUUUUUCUGGCAUUUGCUUCAUUAACUUAUUCAAAUCAGCCAGAAAAGUUCACAAGUUUUACGAAGGAAACAUUCUAUUGCUUACUGUAUGCAAUUGUGGUCUCCUCAACAAUGUGUUAUCUGCUUCUUUCUUGGUGUAACAUGCAGGCACCAUCCACUCUUGUUACCUGCUCCUGGCCUCUUCAGUCUUUAUUUUGUGCACUUUUGUCCAUGAUAUGUUUAGGACAAUCGCUACAGCUUCUGGAAUGUGCUGGUGGUGGGUUGAUAAUCAGUGGUCUGGCCACAGUUUUGUGGUCAACUUACAAAGAGAGUGAAGAGUUACGUUUGCAUUUGAAAAAUGAGAAGACACUCUGUUAGGAGAAGUAUGACAACAGGUAGCCCAAGCUCCCAAAAUGAGCCUCCCUGAAUAUACAAAUAUGUUGACAUUGUGCAAUGGCUGAAAUAUGAGAAUUUUUAUGAGAAUUUUUAUGGGAAUAAACAGUUGCCUUUGUGACCUUAAAAAAACUGAACCUAAGAACUAUUUUACGGGCAAAGCAGCUGAACUAAAAUGGAACUAAACACCCCUACAUUAGCCUAAGAUACUCUCAUGAUGCAAAGGAACAACCUUAUAUUUCAGCCAUUGGGUAACAUUUACAUAUUUGUACUGUAUAUUUACUGAGGCUCAUUUUGCCAGCUUGGGCUACUUUUGGUAAAAUUCCCUUUUCAAAUAAUGAAAUGAAAAACAGGAACCAGACACUAGUUACCCUUUCACUCUCAAGUGAUCAAAAAGAAAUUUAUCCUUAUAAUUUUGAUACAUAUUUAAAUGUUAGGAUAGCAUUUGAUUUAGCACCAAAUUCUCAAAGCCAAAAUUAUUGGCAAUGUAUGGAGAACAGUGCAGAGAAAGUGAUAUUUUGAUCUUGGGAGUGAAAGGGUUGAUGCAAUCAAAUUUGUUCGCAUAACAACUUCACCAUUUCUUCCUUGGUAUGCAAAUCUCAAAACUGGCUAUUAUCGAUGAAACUUAUUUACAUUGACUCAAAACUGUAAAAAGUACUACACUGUAUUUACAUUUGGGUUUCACUAUUAAACUAAGGUGCUCUGCAUAGCUAAGAGUAAACUUAAUGUAAAAAUGUCUCAGUAUGAGGGAAUUUAAUUUGUAAGUAUGUUAAAAAGGAUACAUGAUAUCCCUCCCAAGGAUUUAAUUAAAUACAAAUAAUAUUAGGGAAUAAAUAGGGAAAAGUUGAAAUGA